ACUGCGCAGCCGUAGGGAAGACGGGAGCAUCUACUGCGCAGCCGUUGGGAAGACGGGAGCAUCUACUGCGCAGCCGUAGGGAGGACGGGAGCAUCCACUGCGCAGCCGUAGGGAAGACUGGAGCAUCUACUGCGCAGCCGUAGGGAGGACGGGCGCAUCCCGAUUGGCUGGUUAUCUCCAAGGGAGUUGGGCAGUGUGCCCGGAAGAGGCGGCGCGACUCCGUGCAGGUCCAGUCGGAACCCGAAGUGGCCGUCUAUCCGUAGACGUGGACACUCUGACGCAUUAUCCGGUCCGAGCCCCGCCCUUUCUGCAAUCGGAAGUCCGGAAAAGGGCCGGAAGUCGGGGGGAAGAGCUGUGGGGUGACCACGUCGGGGUCAGAGCAAACGUGAGGGUCAGUGAGACGGAAGUAAUCGGAUCUUACGUAGCCGUAAAGUGCAGUCGGUCGAACCAUCUUCCGGUUAGCGACAACGGCCGGCUCGGAUGCCGGUGUUAUCCUUCCUGUAGACCGCAGCGCGGACCUUCGGCGAUCCACACUUCGCUUCAGCUCUACCCUGUCGGCGCCUCUUCACACCAAGAUCAUGUUCAAGAAAUUUGACGAGAAGGACUGUGUGUCCAACUGCAUCCAGCUGAAAACUUCCGUUAUUAAGGGUAUUAAGAGCCAACUGACUGAGCAGUUCCCAGGUAUCGAGCCGUGGCUUAAUCAAAUCAUGCCUAAGAAAGAUCCCGUCAAAAUAGUGCGAUGCCAUGAACACAUGGAAAUCCUUACAGUUAAUGGAGAAUUACUGUUUUUCAGGCAGAGAAAAGGACCCUUUUAUCCAACGCUAAGGUUACUUCACAAAUACCCAUUUAUCCUACCACACCAGCAGGUCGACAAAGGAGCCAUCAAAUUUGUGCUCAGUGGUGCAAAUAUCAUGUGUCCGGGUUUAACAUCUCCUGGAGCAAAGCUCUAUGCUGCUGCAGUAGAUACCAUCGUGGCGGUCAUGGCAGAAGGGAAGGAGCACGCCCUGUGUGUCGGAGUCAUGAAAAUGGCUGCAGCAGACAUUGAGAAAGUCAACAAGGGCAUCGGCAUAGAGAACAUCCAUUAUCUAAAUGACGGGCUGUGGCACAUGAAGACAUAUAAGUGAGCCUUAGACGCAAUGCACUUGAACUAAAUAUAAAUAUUGUGUUGUAUCUGUGUGUGUGUCUGUAUGUGACAUCAUGAAGAAAAUGCCUCUGUGGUUGUGAUGAAUAAAUUCAACAGAUACCUUUAAAAAAAUGAAAA